AUGGCAGGUUUCGACUUCAACAUCAACAUGCGAGUGGUGAUCACCGUCGCUGGUGCUCCAGCCCCGGAACGAAAUGACGUGACAGCAGAGAGCCUCGAAAACAGCGCCCCAUUCAGCUGCAGCAAAGUCAUCGUUGUCAAGGAGGGAGCGAAAUUUUCGAUUCUGGCUUCUGCUGGCGCAGGAAUUUGUCGACUCCUUGCCAAGGAUGAGGGGCUGAUGGUGCUGAUUCACUUUGACGACAAUGAGGUCCUCCGGCGGUUGUAUACGAAGACCGUGAUCGAUGCCCGGGCAUCGCGCCGAUUCCCCAUGGAGUUCUUUGGAGUUACAGGAGUGAACAGUGAAGGCCGCCAAGUCUUGCAGCCUUUCAAGUUUGCCGCGGCCAAAAACGACGGCAGCGCGAUUCGAGGUACCAUUCGCGUUGAUUUAUACAUCGUCAAGCUACUUGGUGCACCGGAGAGGCAGCGACUCGACGACACUACUGCAUAUGGGUCAUCAGUUCAGACCAAACGCUUGGGAUCUGGGAAGAAGGUCAAGAAAGCCCUGGCGGCAGACACAUACGACGUGAAGCGGCUCAACUACGAGCGUCCUAUCGCCCGGUUCAACUUCAGAUAUGGACCAAGAGGUCUACCCAAGGACAAUGAUGAGAGCAAUCGCGGUGAGGGCUUGAUCAACAUGUCCAAGAAUCCAGCCCUCCCAAAGCAGGGUCCAGGCGGAGUCAGAGGCGCUGACGCCAAGAUACCCUCCUAUUCAUUGCCUGCGAAGCUCCGUGGUCUGCCGGAAGCUCCUGCACAGACACAGACAACCGCUGGUGCGAAACCUGCCUCGACAACUACUACCUUACCCAACAAGGGAGAUAAGCUUGACUCUCAACUGAACGAACGAGUCAUUCCGAUCCGACCCAAGCUUCCAGAGCCCAUCGCGAAGGAGCAGAAGUUUCGAAGAGACAUACCUCAUGGGGAGGCCGUUUCGAUUCAAGAGACUCAGCCGAAAGACGCUCAUUUCAACAGAAAGAGAUCUGCCGAGGCGGCUUUUGGCAACGACUCACCUUCUAGACCCAAGAAGUUUCUCGCUACUUCCACAUACUGA